AUGGAGUCCUCAAAAGAGACGGGAUGCCAGGCUCCAACAGGGCCAAUUCUGUGCAUAAAGAAUUGUGGAUUUUUUGGUAGUGCUGCAACCAUGAAUAUGUGUUCCAAGUGCCACAAGGAGAUGGUCUUGAAGCAGGAACAAGCCAAACUUGCAGCUACAUCAAUUGAGAACAUUGUUAAUGGCAGCUCAAGUUGCAGUGAGAAAGAGCCCGUCGUUGCUGGUGCUUUUACUAUAGAAGCUACGCCUGCCAACCCCGAAGUGAUUCCUGCACAAGCACCCCUGAAUUUGUCAUUCGGCCAGAGUUCUGAGGUAAAGGUGAAAGAGGGUCCCAACAGGUGCAACACUUGCCGCAAACGUGUGGGUUUAACAGGUUUCAAUUGCAGAUGUGGAAAUCUAUUCUGUGCAGUGCAUCGUUAUUCGGAUAAGCAUGAAUGCCCCUUUGACUAUCGCACCGCGGGUCAGGAUGCAAUAGCGAAAGCUAAUCCAGUGGUCAAAGCAGAUAAGCUUGACAAGAUAUAG